AUGCCUUCCAAUCACAAGAAAAAGAAAUCCCGUAAACCUUCGUCAACCCACCAAUCCAAGGACCAAGGACAAGAGCCAAAUGCUGUAAACAGUAGCAUAGAUGAACCAUCGGAGGAACGACUGGAUGGAAAACCUUACCUUGUUAAGCGCUCGGAUGUGGUUGGCAGAUACAUCGUGGCAUCGAGGGACCUGAAGGCUGGUGAAACCAUUACCGAAGUCUUGCCGCUCAUCGUUGGUCCGUGUGCAGAAAGUGAGCCCGUCUGCUUGGGAUGUCAUAGUACGUUCGAGGCUAGCUGUCCUGUUUACAGAUGUGAAACCUGCAGUUGGCGAUUAUGUUCCCCGAACUGUCAUAGCUUGAGCGUUGCUGAUGGAUCUCACCGGCUUCUAGAGUGCAUUCCACUACGGGACAAAGGCGUUGGAAAGUUGCUACAGACGGCGACCAACGACCAGGUCCGACUUAUGUACGAAGCAGUACUAACCCUUCGAUGUAUGUUGCUCAAAACGAUCGACCCGGAUCGGUACGCACGCCUUCUAGAGAUGGAUCCACUCAAUUCCGUGAGGCAGCAGAUACCGAAGCUGUGGAAUCGCAACCAGAGGGAAAUCGUUGGCCGCAUCCGGGACGAGUGGGGCUUCGAGGAGUUUAGCGAAGAAGAACUGCACACCAUUUGCGGGAUCAUCGAGGUAAACGCGUUCGAGGUUGGUCAGGAGCCGGUGAAGGCACGUGCCCUCUUCCCGGAGGCGUAUCUCCUGAUGCACGAUUGUACACCGAACACGGGCCACACGGACGCACCCGGAACACAUCGACUGACCGUGCGAACACUGCGAGAGGUGAAGGCUGGCCAACCACUUACACUUACCUACGCGUACAUACUGCAGGGGACACUGAAGCGACGUCAGCACCUUAAGGAGGAGAAGUUCUUCUGGUGCAACUGUGCCCGCUGUUCCGAUCCAUCGGAACUCGGUACCUACUGCAGUGCCUUAUGCUGCACCAAGUGUCAACGUGGACGUAUCCUUCCGGUGGACCCGUUGGAACAGCAAACCGACUGGCGAUGCCAGCUCUGCUCGCACACGAUGCCUUGCCAAGCGGUCAUUCUACUGCUGGAGAAACUGUUUCGCGAGCUGGAGAGCAUCGACGGGAACGACGUGGAAGGGUACGAGCGAUUCCUACGAAUGCAAGCCACCGUCCUCCACGACAAUCACUAUCUAAUCCUGUCGGCCAAACACUCGCUCUGUGAGCUGUACGGCAAGAUCGAUGGAUAUCUCGUGCCACAGCUUUCCGGUGAGCAGCUGAAGCGAAAGGAAACUCUCUGCCAGGAGCUGCUGGAGGUGAUCGAUCAGCUGGAGCCGGGACUGAGCAGACUGCGGGGCACUAUUAUGUACGAAAUGCACGUCCCGCUGAUGGUUGAAGCGGGCCAGUUGUUCCAGCGUGGGACCAUCCAGCGGCCGGAACUGAGGCGCAGGCUGAAGGAAGUACAGCGGCUGCUGCGUGAAAGUGAACGUAUUUUGGCGCUCGAACCGGAAGGAACGCCGGAACAUGGCAUAGCGGUGGCCGCACGGGAAGCGCUCAAAAAUAUGGGUCCUGUUUGA